GACUGGUUUCCUGUUCACGUGACCCACUCAGAUCUCCGGCCGUGACAUCUGCAAAAUGGAGGACCGUGAAGCUAAAGAACCCGAGCAGCUCAGAAAGCUGUUUAUUGGAGGUCUGAGCUUUGAAACCACGGAGGAGAGUUUACGGGCCCAUUUUGAACAAUGGGGAACUCUCACGGACUGUGUGGUGAUGAGGGACCCCAACAACAAGAGAUCAAGAGGGUUUGGCUUUGUGACAUACGCCGCUGUAGAGGAAGUCGACGAAGCCAUGAAAGCAAGGCCUCAUAAAGUUGAUGGCCGAGUUGUUGAACCCAAGAGGGCAGUGUCCAGAGAGGACUCCAAUAAACCAGGUGCCCAUCUGACAGUGAAGAAGAUCUUUGUUGGUGGUAUUAAGGAGGACACUGAGGAGUACCACAUUCGGGAGCAUUUUGAGAAAUAUGGAAAGAUUGAGUGCAUUGACAUCAUGGAGGAACGCUCCACUGGGAAGAAGAGAGGAUUCUGCUUUGUCUCCUUUGAUGAUCAUGACACUGUAGACAAAAUUGUUGCCCAGAAAUUCCACACAAUCAACUUCCACAAUUGUGAGGUCAGAAAAGCUCUCUCAAAACAGGAAAUGAGUGCUAUAUCCACUACCAGGGGCAGGAGUGGAGGAUCUGGAAACUUCAUGGGGAGAGGUAGUAAUUUUGGAGGUGGUGGCAACUUCGGUCGAGGUGGCUAUGGUGGAGGACGAGGUGGUUAUGGCGAUGAUUUUGACAAUGGUCCAGGAGGAAAUUAUGGUGGAGGACCAGGUUAUGGAGGGGGUCGAGGGGGCUAUGGAGGUGGUGGUCCAGGGUAUGGCAACCAGGGUGGUGGAUUUGGUGGCAGCUGCGAUGGAGGUUACGGAGGCAAUGACGGAGGAUAUGGAGGAGGUGGAAAUUACAAUGACUUUGGAAAUUAUGGUGGACAGCAGUCCAACUAUGGGCCCAUGAAGGGAAACAACUUUGGGGGCAGAAAUUCGGGUGGACCCUAUGGCGGUGGCUACAGCUCUGGUGGUGGUGGCGGAGGUGGCUAUGGCUCACGGCGAUAUUAAUUAUUUCAUGUUUUGAUGUGGAAAGAGGCAUUCUCUUCUUGCUGAAAAUCUGUAAAGACCUGAUAACAUGGAAGGUUCUGGAUGGGUAAGACUUUUCAAAAUAUUAUCCAAGGCUGCUUAUAUUGUAAUCUAACAGUGCACAUGGUGAUUAUACAAGGUGCAGGGGUUCCUUUAAGGUAAAAAGAGCAGUAUGACACCCAGUAUUGCUCCACUUUGACCGGAAUCAGCCUGUAACCUUCACCACACCUCUUGGAAUACCCUCAAGGCAAAAUAUGUUUCCAUGUUUUAUUACCUUUGCUAUCAGUUAGAUAGUCCUGAUAAAGUUGAUUGUGAUGAAACACCCUUGGGGUAACAACAAAUGAUAAUGCUUGGAAAAAAUGAACAGUAUUUACACUCACUUUAUUAGGCGCACCUAUACAAUUUAUUAUAAUUCAAGAAAGCAGAACUUACAUACAUUCUGCCUUUACAAAGUUCAGCUUUUGUUGACCUUGGAAAUGUAUAAAUUCAAUUACACGUUUAUUACUGAGGUCACAGUUAACGGGUUGCGUAGUGCUGGACUACAUUAUAUUGAGAGGUGUUUCUAAUGUUUUGUCCUCUACACACAUGAUGGGGACAGAACACUUGUUAAUAUAAUGUAGUCUAGUUACACCACCACUAAGUAUAACCUCAGUGUUAAAACAUUGAAUUAGCACCUUAAUGUCAGUGUCAAAACAAAGAACAUUAUUGGCAUCAUAAAAGUGGACUUUCUUUUUAAAAUGUUAUAGCAUUAAUAAAAAAAAAAGAAUUGAUGGUAAAACGGUUGUAUUGGAUUGCAUUAGAUUGUACAUGUACCUAAUAAAGUGGCCACUGAGUGUAUAUACUAAUGCCAAGCUGUGAAAAAUAAAAGUAUGGAAAUCAGGUCCUUGCCAGUCCGUGGAAAUAAGGAUAACAUUGUUAACAUAAUAGAAAAGCAUUUGUAGGUAACUUAAUUAUUACUACGAAAGGCAGGCCAUAUAUAGUAAGUAUAAUGCAAAAAUAGUAUUCAAUUAAAAAAAAAAAAUUGUUUAUAUGUAUAUUGUUUGUAAUCAGUAACAUGAAACAUCUAACAGGUGUCAUGUCAAAUCCUCUGCAUUAAUCACAGGGGCAUUUUCCCAAAAAAACUGAUAUAGGAUUUAUUAAACAAUUUUACUUGACAGGCAGUCAAAUGAACAUACAGAAACAUGGGCAAACUAUCAACAGAGAGGAACUGUGGUCACAAGUUGAAACUAUCCAACAGUGUUAUGAUAAACGGAGUAUACACAAAUACUCCUAGUUCUCUACUCAGUCUAAAAAUAAAGAACAAUGCCUGCUGAUGUUUUUUUUUUUUUAUCAUCAGUUCAAGGAUAGAGUUUCUGCAGAGGAAUGUAGAACAACAAACUCAAUUACACAGAAUAAAACUGUGCUUGGCAUAAGCACACCAGUGUCAAUACACUACGUUGGCCUAACAGUAAGAUGUUAAGUGUUACUUGUGCUUUUAAAUAAAAAUAUUUUUCAUGA